UCAGUCUCUCGCUUAUUGUGUGAGCGAGUCGGUUCGCUAUAUUUUCCCAACUUAGUUGUAUCAACUUGGGGUUCAGGAAUUAUAUCCUGUGCUAAAUCCGACUAGAAGGUCGACAACGAGACCACUUGUCGGUCGGUUGUGUAGCAGUGUCAAAUAUUGAGCCGGGUUUCUGGUGUUAUUCCUUUGUAAAUACUGUUAUUUGUAUAUACUGUAAAUGAUGACGUCCAUGGGCGGGAACCGAGCCCGUGGCAGCUGGGAGCAGACACAGGGCCAGACACAGAGUCAGACACAGCACAAGCAGAGGCCUCAGGCUACCGCAGAGCAGAUCCGACUUGCGCAGAUGAUUUCAGACCACAAUGAUGCAGACUUUGAAGAGAAGGUCAAACAGCUGAUUGACAUCACAGGCAAGGACCAGGAUGAGUCUAUGAUCGCACUGCACGAUUGCAACGGGGAUGUCAACAGAGCCAUUAAUGUGUUGCUGGAGGGUAACCCAGACACUGACUCUUGGGAAAUGGUGGGGAAGAAGAAAGGGGUGUCAGGCCAGAAGGAGACUAGCCAGGCAGAAACCGGAGAGGAAGGAAAAGAGAACAGGGAGAAAGGAGAGAGAGAUGUAGCACGUCGUCGAGGUGGAGUUCCACGUAAGGGCCGUGGAGCCAGCAGGGGACGAGAGUUUCGUGGUCAGGAGAAUGGCUUGGAUGGAGCCAAGGCUGGAAUAGCUGGAAGAGGUGCAGAGCGAGGCCGAAGGGGAAGAGGAAGAGGAAGAGGGACUGUCGGAGUGUCUGGACGGCGAGGAGGCAGAUUUUCGGCGCAAGGCAUGGGCCAGAUUGAUAAGGGGCCCAGAUAUGAUAUUGCAGGAGGUGAGAGAACAUUCAACCCUGCUGACUAUGCGGAGCCAGCCCAGGCAGAAGAAAACUAUGGAGGGUGCAGCACCUGGAACAACACAGGAAACUCAGACCUUGAGGAGGGAGCUAGGUUGGAAUACGCUGCAGGAGAGGGAACAAAUUAUCCGCCCAAGUUUGACUCUGCUCCUGGUGCCUGGAGGACUGCCACAGAGGAGUGGGGCACUGAGGACUGGAAUGAGGAUCUUUCAGAGACCAAGAUAUUCACAGCUUCCAGUGUAGCUUCCGUGCCUCUGCCUCAAGAGAAUGUUACCAUCACCAAAGGCCAGAGGAUUGACCUUGCGGUGCUUCUAGGGAAGACUCCUCCAUCCUCCUCUUCAGAGACAGAAACUCCCCCCAUGGAGGCCACUCAGCCCCCCUCCUUGCCCCAGUCACUGGUUUUCAGCAACUCUAAGCAAGGGGUGCCACUCUCCCAAACAUCCACCAGCACCCCUUACACCCAGCACAGCAUGGUCAGCAUGCUGAGCAAGGGUUUCGGGGAUGUGGGGGACCCUAAAGGUGCGAGCACAGGGACCACUGGCUCUCAAUUCCUGGAGCAGUAUAAAACAGCCCAGGCACUGGCCCAGCUGGCAGCCCAGCACUCCCAAACUGGACCUCCCAACACAACCCCUUCAUCCUGGGACACCAGUGCCACCUCACUGGGACAAUACGAUAUGAAGACUCAGCCGGAGUCUGCGGUCCAUACGCCCUUUACGAAGCGGCAGCCCUACCAGGCGGCCACCUCAACCUCGUCCAUGUUGGAUGUUUUCCUGCAGGACAAAGGCCUACCUUCCUCAUCUUCAUCUUCUUCCUUACCCCAACAAACAUCUUCACCCCAUGUGGGGCCCCCGCCUGCUUCCUCCCUUCCCAAAAUGGCAGCAGUCCCUUCUCUAGGUCAGCAAGUCUCCCCAAGUUCCUCAGAUGCCCAGGGUUCCAGUCCACUGCCUUUGCAGCAACACAAACUCAAACAGCAGAAGAAGAGGACCUCUAUCACAACAAAGAUUCCUGCAAUGGCGGUAGAGAUGCCUGGCUCAACAGACAUCUCAGGCCUUAAUCUUCAGUUUGGAGCACUGCAGUUUGGGUCAGAGCCAGUUAUACCAGAGUAUGAGUCCAACCCCGCUACCACAACACCAGCCAACCAGGUCCAGAAAAGUCUCUACACUAGCCCCAGCAGUGAGUCAACUCCAGCUCUCUCCAACUCCAGCCAGAUGGACCUGUAUGAUCAGAGAGCAUCUCAGACUCGGCGCUACCCUCACUCAGUCUCCUCCUCCCCUCAUAAGGAUAUGCAGCCCAAGAAUGGCUUCAGUUCAAUACAAGCAACACAAUCUGUGGAAGCUGCAGCAGGCUCUGCAGUAUCUGUCAAGCCGGUCUCUGAUUCGGUCACGCCUGUCUCCAGCAUGGGCACUUUGACUGACAGCGGCUCUGCCUCCUUGAUGUCUACAUCCAAUCAAACAUCCCUCAGCGGUCUGGGCCACAGUGAAGACUUGCCUCCAAGCACCAUCCCCCCUCCUCAGCACAACAACUCUCACCCAUCACAACAGAACAGCCUUGCUCCAUCUGCAGUCCGGACAUCCAACUCAGGCUUACUGUCUCUACAGCACCCCAGCGUAGACGGUGACUCAAGCCUGCACUCCUCCUCCUUCCCUUCCUCUGUCUCAGCCGUGCCGUCUUCGUCAGUCCCCUCCUCUUCCUCGAUGGCUGCUUCCCAGGUGUCCCUAGGGGCCCCUCAGGUCUCCUCUGGGGGCUCUGCCACAGUUUCAGCUCCCUCCGGCCUCGGCCCCGCUAGCAGUCUGGCCAUGGGUGUCAACACUGCCUCCAUGGGUGUCCCAGCUGCAGUUGCCGCUUCAGUGUCCUCGGCAGCCUUGGCCAUACCUUCCUCAUCCUCACGCAGCUCUGCAACAUCCUCAGGGAAAGCACCUCCAAACCUGCCACCUGGAGUGCCCCCUCUACUGCCCAACCCAUACAUCAUGGCCCCUGGACUACUGCAUGCCUACCCUCCUCAGGUGUACGGCUAUGAUGACCUACAGAUGUUGCAGACAAGAAUACCGCUGGAUUAUUACAGCAUCCCCUUUGCAACUCCCACAACGGCACUGACUGGCAGAGAGGGCAGCCUGACUAGCAACCCUUAUUCUGGUGACUUAUCAAAGUUUGGUCGAGGUGAUGCUUCAUCCCCAUCUCCAGCCACCACAUUAGCUCAGACACAACAGAACCAGACCCAGACGCAUCACACCACACAGCAGCCCUUCCUCAACCCUGCGCUGCCACCUGGCUACAGCUACACAAGCCUCCCAUACUACACUGGCAUGCCAGGCCUACCCAAUACCUUCCAGUACGGACCUGCUGUGUUUCCGGUGGCUCCUACCUCGUCAAAGCAGCACGGUGUGAAUGUCGGCGUCAAUGCAUCAGCCACACCCUUCCAGCAGGCUAGUGGCUAUGGUUCCCAUGGAUACAGCACUGGCUAUGAGGAUGUGGGCCAGGCUUCAGGGAGUGGGGAUUUCUGUAAGGGCGGAUACGGCACUGCCGUGGCCGCUGCCGCUUCUGCACAAAACAAGCCAGCCAGCUCUGUCACCGGGCCUGGAGUCGGAGUCUCUGUGACAUCAAGCAACACGGGGGUACCAGAUAUUUCGGGGUCUGUUUACACAAAAACGCAGUCAUUUGAGAAGCAGGGUUUCCAUGCUGGCACGCCAACUGCUUCGUUCAGCCUGCCCUCAGCUCUGGGGAGCGGGGGACCCAUCAACCCCCCGGCUGCCGCUGGCUACGCACCGGCCCCCUUCAUGCACAUCCUGGCACCACACCAACAACCACACUCUCAGAUUCUGCACCACCACCUGCAGCAGGAUGGACAGAGCGGCACUGGACAGCGCAGCCAGAAUGCCUCCAUUCAGCAGAAGUCUCAGAUCAACAAGUCGGCAUACAACAGCUACAACUGGGGGGCAAACUAACAUCCGCUGUCGCGGCCCCCACGCUGUUGACAGAAGCUAGAAGGGGGCUCAUCACUCCUACUGCUAACAGUCUCCACAUAUAAACUCCCUCUUCCUCCUGCAGAGAUUCCCUCUCCAGUCUCUUGGCCCAGCACUCCUGCAGCCCUGACUGUGGUCAGGGAAGGUGCUGUGCCUAGAGAACGAGCACUGUAAUGAUGCAUGGGUGGGAGGGACGGGGGGCUUAGAAGACAGGGGAGAUCGGAGCUAAAUGGUUAUAGAAAUACACCUUCAAGAGGUGAAAUAUUGAGUGUUGGGAAUUUGUAUUGUGUUAAUCCCCAGCCCCACCCCUUUUUUCUUUGACUUGUAUGUAACAUAGAACUGUUUUCUAAAAGAAUUACCGUUUCCUCUAUGGUCUUUUUUUUUUUGUCUUCCCCCUCCCCCCUUUUUUCUUGCAGAUGGGGAGGAAUGAAGUAAUAUCUGAAGGUGGGGGGACAGGCUGGUUUUGUAUUUCUCACCCUCAACUCCCCAUGUAUUAAUUUUGGUGGUUCCCUCCCACACAAAAGACCCAAACACAAUUAGCUUAAUUGCUGUUAAAUGUUUUUUUUUUUUUUUUUUUUUAGGUUUGAAAAAACAAUUCUCUAAAUUGGUAGAGUUGUGAAGUUUAUUUUUUACCAAAUAUAGAUAUAUUAUAUAUAAAGACAUUUAAGCGAGCUCACUGGCUUGGACUGUGAGGACAGUGUGUUUGUCAUGUGACUGCGUGCAUGUUUGUACACACGGGGCCGUGGUUGUGUACUGUGCUGUUUUUUGCCUAGCACAGAAUUUUUCAUUAUCUAACACUUGUACAGUAACUGUUCCCAUUAAUUAUAAAUGUGUUGCAUAAAGGCCCCACCUGUUCUGCAAGAGAUGUUGAAUGAUUUCCAAGGCCAAUACACACCCAAUCUGCCUUCCAGUGUGUUUUAUUGUUUGUUUUUUAGGCCCCCCCGCCACCUCCCUGCUCCACCACCUGUCCCCCAUUGUAAGGAAACCUGCAGCAUUGAAUACUGAUGGACAGAAUUGUACUAUGGGUUUUUUGUCAGUGAUUUCUUUUUUCUUUUUGUACUGUGCGUUUUAAAAAUUUAAAUGGAUAAACUUGUCUUGUACAUAUAAAAAACACAAGUACUGUAGUCCCUG